AUGGCGCCCAAGCGGCCGAACUCGAAGGCGUGCGCCGAUCCACUAGGAUCAAGGCAAACGCUAGAUCAACCUGCAGUGCCGGCCCAGUCUUCCGCAGAAGUCAACGAGCCUUCUGAUGUUGGCUUCAGGAACAUAUGUGGACAACCGGACAGUGACGAUGCGUUGUUGAUUGAAGAGGCAUACUAUUCCGCCGCCGGAAACAUCUAG